GAAUUAUACUUUGACUUUAAGGCACACAGUGUGGUGAUUGCAGGUAGAUGGAACUCUCCAGCAGCACCGUGUCGAACAACUUUUCAGGAGGAAAUCGUGCUUUGUGCGCUGCUCAGAAGAGCUGCAGCUACUACAAUAUUUUUUUUCAUAACUGUCACCAUCAAGUGUCUUUAUUUUUUUAAUUAAAUAUUCAAGUAGAUCUAAAAGAUAUCCUUCGAGUGCUCCCUUUUUUCCCAACGGGUUGUGACAAUGGGUUGAUUGGGCACAGAUUUUACACCGGAUGCUCUUCCUGACGGCAAUCUUUCUAUUUAUCCCGGUUUAUCCCGGCACUAGGACUGCGCUGCCGUGUGACCACAGAGGCAGGGCUUGUGUGUCCUCCCAGUCUUGGGCUGGGAAUCUUCCACAUGGAAGGUGAACGCGUUAAACACCAAACCGUGGAGUCACUUUACAUAUUUCUUUCUUAAUAUUUGUUUAUAUAAUCAAAUUUACGAUGUUGAUAUUGACGUCCCUGUUGGAUAAUUAUUGAUAUUUUGUCCUAAUUAUCACUUAAAGGGUUUCAUGCAGACACUGAACAUAUGCAGUGCGUUGCAGCUGAAUAACGAUAAACUGUAAAAGUAAAAAUAGUUACACCGAGAUUUAUUUAUUUAUUUGAAUAUCAAGUGGAAUACGUUGUGGUACUUCCAUAUUUCUGUACGCGUAGCGCUUACUGCAGCUCUCCUGGUCCCACCCCCACUGAUUUAGAAGUGGCAACUAUGAAGGUCUGGGACAACCUGAUUACACUGAAAAGGAAGUCGGAGGAGGGAGAGGUUACAAACUGCAGACCCUCACACACACUGCACCACAUGAUAAAGGCAAAAGGCGCAAACAACAACAAAAACAGCGCCACACACACUUCACCAUCAAGAAAUACUGCAGAAUACUUCUAAGAAACUUUUGUACUACAGAUGUGCAGCUUCCAAGGUAGGGGCACUAUUUUUAGCCAGUCAUGGACAAUCUGUACUUCAAGCUCUGGAAUUCUGUAUUUUUUUUAAUCUUUUUUUUUUCUUCAGUCUUGAUGAUGAUAUUUGGGCUAGAAGGUUUGCCAUACAGCGUAACUGGAAUACCUGAAAAUCAUCUUUUUCCUUCAUAUAGCAGUGCUGCAGGAAAAUGAGUUUUCAUUAGUUCAUCAAAGCUUAUUUGUAAUGCGCAAUAACAAUCCCUGCUCAUUUUAUGGAUCCAUGUAUGAAAUUGAAGUCAUGAAGGAAGAAGAGCUUUCUUCGUGCCUUCUUUUACGCAUGCAGUCUGUAUAAAUUAGAAUGAAAUACAAAGAAAGAGCUGGUUUUAAAACAUUAAUUACAUCCUUCUUUGGGCUGUCUUUAAAAACAAUUUCUCAAGAAGACAUUUAGAGAAAAUCUCAUCAUCUGUAAUUCACCAAGAUCCAACUUGAAUGCUGAUUUAAUCAGAAUUUCCGUCCAAACUUAAUGUCCUGUCAUUCGGUGCUUGUGCUCUGUCAGGUUUAACUGAAAUGGCAGCAGAUUUUUCAUCAAAUAAGAUUAAAUAUUAAGACCGAGGCAAAGAUGUAUUGGUAGAUCCUUUGUUAGAAGCUCAACAUUAAAGCUAAGAAUGUUUUUUAAAAUCUUAGUGAAGCAGCCGUGAGACACAAAGAAAGUCUUCUUUAGAAUCCAAACUUUUCCUAAUCCUAACUUUUCUACUCUCCACUGUCUCUUUGCUAUCUGCUAACAGGUGUCAUGUUUGAGUGAAAUGAAUGUUAAGCAAAAAUCUUGAUAAAGUUGGCAAUGCUACUUAUUUGAUGGCUGAAAAGAAUUAAAGAGGCGCCUUUGCGUGUCAGUAAUAUUAGAAGAAAACACCUAUGUACUAGCUCUUUCUGCUCUUUGUGUAGGAAAUUGUCUUUUUUUUGUAUGGUUUUUAUGCUUAUGGAGGACUCGCUGUUGCACUGGCCAUCUGCUGUGCCAGCUGUUCGCUUUGGGUCAUUGCAUUAGAUUGGUCUAACAAUACUCCAGCUUGCAUGACCAUGAUUCACCAGCGUAAUCACCAGUGUUUACCUGGAAGUCCGACACUGGUCAUAACGUUAGCUGGCUAUUAGCAACCGCUCACUGACCGUGGACCUCGGUCAUGCACAGCUUUCCAGGAGGUCCCCUCUCUUUCCAGCAGGCGGAGGGGCAGAUGACGUUGGCUGAACGGCCUCACUUAGCCAAAGGCCAUGCACUCUUACUGGUACGUUAGCUGCCCUCUGCAGUGCUCAGGGAUGUAAAAAUAGCUGUUUAGCAAGAAUCUCAGUCAUGUCUCACCAACAAAGACUGAUUUAUACAAGUUGCAGCACCAAGCAUAGAGAAGCUUUUGUCCCUCCCCUCCUACUCCUUUUGCAGACCUCGUCACCAAGGCCGUGAGUGCCAAAAUCUCUGACGCUCUUGACACUCUUCUCUUAAAACAGCCUUUGUUCAGCAAAGUAUAAAGGACGUGAUAGCGAGACUCAGGGAAGCAGUGUGGUCUCUAAAAAUUUGCGCAUUUGUUUACCGCAUUUCAGUAAGAUCGCAGUGUCAUGGAAAUGUUUUGUAGUAGUUUGUUUGCCUUUCUGCGUCAGCGAUCGCAAUUUCAUAAUAAUCAGGCAUUUAACCCAAAUAGCUGAAAAUGUCACAGGGACUCUGUGAAAUUCGCUCCUUCAGUUUUUGUUUCCCCCCAAACUCGAUUUGAAAAUUGAUAACUAUUAAAAUAAAACUGGCCAGCAUUUGGCAGCACAGAGGAAACAGUGUUACUGUUUUGGGGUUGCUGUAGUGUGACCUUUCUCUGACUCCACUUAAUCACAAGAAUUUCCAUAUUAGUUAUGCAUAUCAACAGUGGAAGAAAUACUCGUUCAGAUACGCGACAUGCUUAAGUGUUUACACAGGAGCGGCUUUAAUUGUUUGGAUUGAAGCUAGAAUUUGAUUAGAUCGACAUAUCCUCUUUUACAGCACUAAGGAUUGAAUUUCAUGUAUAAUUUUCCUCAUGAACACCAAGUAAGAUUAGAGCAUCUAAUACAUAUAAUUUUUUUUCCUCACCUCCCUCCAGGCACCCUUAGAAUGAGACAACUCUGAAAAGUACACAAAUCAAUACAGACACACUGGUUACUGCAGUACAUUUAAUUUCCUGCUGUGGAAAGAUUUAUCGUGUGAGUGUGAGGCUAAUACAAGGAUUUUUUUUUUAUAUUAUAUGAAAUAACCAAUAAGAGAUGUGUUUUCUAUGUGGUCAUAAAAAUUGAGUCUGGUGGUGAUUUUUGGCAGAUAAAAGAGAAUCAUUUACUUUUUUUUUGUUUGUUUUGUUUUUUCUUCAUAUUAUCACCAAAAUCUUGACCUUCUCUCUUUCUCCCUCAGCUUCACCUCGUGCAUAUCCCGUGCCCCGUCUCUCCAUCAGCUCUAAACCUCACACUGUGGUUUUUUUCUUCUUCUUCUUUUUCUGAACAAACAGAGAAGCUGUCUUAGACGAGAUGAGUCAGUGCAGCUGGGGUGCAGGUCAUUUACCCGCAGCCCACUCAGAUGGGACAGAUGGCUCAGCCAGUCGCAUGCUGCUUGGUGUUAACUGUGCACCCAGAGCUAAGCUAAAGCUAACGCUGAGUGCAAAGGGUUCAGCUAAUCACAGAUCUAUAGGUAAAAGUGAAAAAUGCACAGGUGAUGACUCAAUAGCUCAAGACGGGAGUUCGGUAUAACGAUAGAAUCUACGUUUACUUGUUUACUUGACUGUAGGUUAGUGAGGUACUGAGUUUUCUUUUUACAGCAAAGGUCAUGUGUGAAAUCCUGACACAGCACGGCUCAGCUAUGGUUACAUGUUUGAGGCUGAGGCUUAAAAUUGACAGAGGGCCAAAAAAAAAAGACCAGGAUAUAGCUGAAUACAAAUGUGGCACGGUUUGUGCACAGAACAACCAGGAAGCUGACUUUCAGAUUGCAUGUGCCACUUUUUUUUUCUUGUUUAUUUUACCGUGUCCCUUGUUCUCCAAUGUGGUUUGGAUCAUGACGAUGACAAAACAGCCACACGCCAGGACUGAAAGGUUCAGCUUUGCAUUGUGAUAUUAAGGUUAAAGGAUAUUUCUGGUGUUUCCUGUAAAUGUCGCAGUUGUGACUCUGUGAGUCUUUACUUGACAUUCUCUGCCUGUGAUUCAGAGAUUGGGGGGGAUCAAGAAUUUAUGCAAAACACAUGAUUUUUAACAUCACCUUUUUUCCCCGCCACUUGUCUAUUGAGUCUGACCUAAAGUAAACACAGUAAGUAGCCACACUGGAAGACACUUUACUGCGAACUGUGUUAGAGAUUAAAUUUAAAGGCAGCGUCUUAUAAUAACUGUUCUUAGGAUGACAUAUUAAUGCUUACUAACAUUUGUGCUGUUUUUCAGCACAGCACAAAUACAUUUCCUGGAUUCUCACAGUCAUAAUUUAUUUAAAACUAGAGUAUUCUCCAGCAGCCCCCCUUUUCCUUCAAAACAGGAAAGUGAAUGGGAUUUGUUUGCAUGCUGUCUGUGCAGAUGUUUUGAUUGUGUGCAUAUGCAGCACUUUUUCUUUUUUUUCUUCUUUUGACUAGUUGGCAGUUCAACUUUAAUGUUACUAGUUGGAGAGCUGCUAAUGCUCUGACCCAAAGUUUCUGAUGUUUGGGGUCGACGUUUUUCAAUUUGUAGUUUUAGGAGUUUGUUUAAUUCACAGCAAGUUAAUGAAAUCUUAACUGCUCUUUCCCUGUGUUCUGUCUUUGUCUGUUUCGCUGAGUCUUUGCAACACUGUUUUUUUUUUUUUUUUUUUUUUUUUUUUUAAUAAAUCAGCAGUUUGAGGCUUAGGUACGUUAUGAGUCAUUUGGACUGAAACUUGUCUUUGGUCUGUUGCUUGACUUUAGUAAUGUUACCAAUCCUGAGGAUUAACAUUACCUUUACUUGGAUUGCUUUUUGCGCUGGUACUUUCAGUUUCUGGUAUUUUAUUUGUCUUUUGACACCACAUAUAUUCAAGUUUAUUUUUCUGCUGGCAAUCCAGAUUUACAUGCCCUCAGGUUCACAACUUUGGAACCAUUAAGUUCACCAGCAGUAGUAGUAGUAAGGUAUGUUUUGGUCUUUUUUUCCUCUGAUUUGAGCGUUUGGCUGCUCUCACUAAAGUAGUGGUAAUAAAAGCACUGCUUAUUUGUUUCAGUCAGAGGGUGCAGCCCUUCAGCAUAGUGUUGUAAUCAGUUAUUGUAAGUGUCCUUUUGGCCUCCUGACAAUUGACUUUGGUACACUGCAUUUAAUAUGCAUAGUCACGACUUGUGCUUGCAUUACCACUGAUCGGCACACAUUAAACACUGACAAACUCUCCCUGAAGCAGAAAUAACUCUUCACAUGUUGUCCAACAGAUUUAUUAGUGAGACGGCACACCUUACUGUGUCCUGAACAAACGACGUUAUGUAACAUCCCGACUGCCCAUGUGCAACUGUAGAUUCACAUAGGCCUUCCUCUCUGUCAUUUACCAUUAGGCAUAUGGAGGAGUUUAAGUAUGCAGCUUAACAGCCUGUGAUGAGAGUACAUUUGCAUUAGCAAUUAGGGCACUUAAAGGCCUUUAAAGCUACAUUAAGCUAUCUAAACCAUGAAGCGCAAUUAGCCUUUUAAGCGUAGUAAAGCUGGAGUUGCUGGAGCUUGAGUGUUGUUGGCAGGGUGCUUCACUAGCAGCCAGUUUCACAAAUUCAGAGUAAUAAAUUACAUCAAAUUCUUGUACUCUGAGUACUAUUUCAGCAUUUAGUCAAGUUUGGCAGCAGCAGCAUGGAAAAGCACAUAGCUCAGAAGUGUGUAUUUAUUUAAAUCAUACUGCAUUUGGGAGCUUAGUCUUUAAUCAACACACUGUGGUAUCAUUUUGGUUCAGUCAUUUCUUCCUCUGUUAUGGACUUUGGCAUAACUUGGUAACUAGCAAUACUUUCCCCAACUAGCUUAUUUCAUGUGUUGGCAUAGAAGUAAGAUACUGAAAUGUUACACAAGCAAAUGCCAACAAGCUGAAACAGGGGAUAGUGUCAGUAUUGAUACCAAUCAAUGCCUAAAUGGCAUAGUUUGUCUAAUUGGCUUCCAGUGCAGUGGGAAUGUUUCCAGACUCCUUCAAGUUGUUUCACUUUCCACAUCAACAAGCUCAAACUGCCCGUGUUGGGUUAACAUACUACAAAAUAAAAGACUGACAUUUCUGAAAAAACAAAAACUGAUGAAUAAAGCAAAAGCUACAGUUUGUCGUAGGCUGCAGCCUCCACCAUCAGAGGUCUGCAGGUGCAGGCUGGUUUCAUAUAUGCUCUCAAAAGACCAGCAUGGAGAUACAGGUUGAGAGGAAGAGUCCCGGUCCCUUCACAGACCCAUCUAACGAAUUCCGAUUAUAGCUUCCUCUAGGUAAAUCAUGUAGCUCUCUUUCUGUCAUCUUGAGAUUACGUGUUUAGGUAGGCGCUGCACAAUAAAUAAAAUCUAGGGUAGGCCUACCCUCUGUUGUGAUUGAUGCUAGAAGAUACAGCUAAUUUGUCUUUCACCAUUUCUCUCUUUGUGGAAUUAAAUAGGACUGUAACAUUUGCAGAUUUCCCCCCACUUUAUGCUCUUUCCCCACUUCUCUCCCCCACCCUUGCCUCCGUCAUUCUCAGUGAUGUUGGGUCAGGAGGGCUCUGACGGCAGCGUGACUCCACUCAGUUGGCAUCUCUUUUCAAACUUCCCACCCUCCUUUCCUGUGUCACCAUCUUAGUGAGCCCCUCAAUGCCCCCUCUGUCUGCUCCUAGUAGGCUCCAGGCCCUGGGUGGGCAAAUAGAGGGUCUCUUCCUGUGUCCCAUCCCAUCCUAUCAGAAGGCUUACUUGGAGAAAACGGGUUGAGGGAUGAACCACGGCUGGCAGGCACAGCUGCCAUACCAAGGGAGCCCUCCCCAUCCGGAUCCAGCAUCGUCCCAUGCUGUCCCAUUCCCAGCCCUGGAGCCACGAACACUAGACUUCUACAAGCUGAAGCGGGCUCUGUGGGUGAACUUCACAGUUCAGACUAGGACAGUGAUUUAGAGAAUGCUGGAAUAGACAUGCGUAGACCAUGUAGUCAUUAGGCACUGCAAGCAGUCUUAGAUCAACUUGGAUUUAGCCAUGAAUUGAACACAGCAGCAGCUACAAUGGACUAUACAAACCACAAAGCAGGACUAAAGACCCCAUCAUAGUCUUCAUCAGCAUCCACAGGAGGCAUGGAAGAAGCGGUGGUUUGUUCUUCGCAGCGGCCGUCUGACAGGCGACCCAGACGUGUUGGAGUACUACAAGAAUGACCAUGCCAAGAAGCCCAUUCGUGUGAUUGACCUCAACUUAUGUGAACAGGUGGACGCCGGUCUGACCUUCAGCAAGAAAGAUUUGGAGAACAGCUACAUAUUCGACAUCAAAACCUUUGACCGCAUCUUUUAUCUGGUGGCUGACACCGAAGACGAGAUGAAUAAGUGGGUCCGCCACAUCUGCGACAUUUGUGGUUUUAACCCCACCGAUGACGAUGCAGCAAAAGCUGCUCACCAGUCCGCCAUGGGACUGGUGGUGGAAAAUGCUCCACACCCAGGUCCAGGAGUGUUUACCAAUGUGCCGGCCCCUUACCAGCCAGUCAGUGUGCGACACCUGGACUCACAGUCCAGUUCAGAGGAGCCCCAGGAUUACCUGUGGCUUGCUAACUGUGAGAGCAAAAAGCCUGAACCCAGCAGAGCUCAUGCUGAGUGCUCCAAGUCUACCUCUUCAGAGACAGACCUGAAUGACAACCUUCCAUCUCACCGCACGCCUACAUCCUCCACUUCCUCGGCUAAACACACCUCACACAAUGGCUUCUUCCCACCGCACCAGACUCCUGUGUCCGCCCCUUCCAUCUAUGACUCGCCUCCAUCACGCGGUGCCUCCCUCUCAACUGACAGUGGCUUUUAUCAUCUUCCUCGCAGCUACUCCCAGGACACUGUGCUGCUCCCCAAGUCAGCCUCCUCCCCUCCGGCUCAUCCAGACGGCGCGGAUGCCUCUGACCUUUAUGUCUUCAACACGCCGACACGGAAGCCCUCAGUAGAGACACAGAUGCGCAACGUUUCUAUCAGUUACGACAUCCCGCCCACCCCCGGUGCAAACAGCACCUACCAAGUGCCCCGCACAGUAUCGAACACAGGGGUAGGAGGCUCAGAAAGCGGGGGAGAUGUAGUGCCCCCUCCCAGACCACCCAAGCCUUCCCUCAGUUCCAGCUCAGGACUCCCGCCGCCUCCUGCUGAGCGCUCACCUACAGACACCUAUAGUGUGCCUCGAUCAGCCUCAGAGACAGAUGGAAACUACUGUGUGCCCACAAGCGCUGGGAGUAAGGCUUUACGCAGCAACACUAUUGGCACUGUGGACUGUUCACGCCUCCGCAAAGACUUUGGAUCCCAGGACUGCUAUGACAUUCCUAGAUCAUUCCCUUCUGACAAAAGCUGCUCGUUUGACUUCAAUGAAAGCUUCAACACCUAUUUUAAAAGCAAAGGAAUGAUGCCAGUGGGUAGCCAUUCUACAGAAGAGGUCGACCAAAACUACGUGCCCAUGAGUGCCAACUCACCGUCACAUCAUCACUCGGGCAGUUUGCCAGAGCCAAUGCACGAAACCAACUACGUCCCCAUGACCCCAGGUACUAUGGAGUUCUCAUCCCUGGGAAAACAGGUUCCUCCACCUGCCCACAUGGGAUUUCGCUCAAGCCCGAAGACCCCUCCCCGCAGGCCGUUGCUUAGUGAGUGCCAGCCCCCACCUGUGGACCGAAAUCUCAAACCCGAUCGCAAAGGUCACAGUCCUAAAAUAAUAAGAGCGGGUUUAGAGCGAACUGACUCUCAAACCGUAGGUGAAUUCCCAAGUCGACGACGCAAGGUAAAACCUGCUCCACUAGAGAUCAAACCAGUGCCAGAAUGGGAUGAGCCAAGCACACCUGUCCGCUCACCUGUGACACGGUCGUUCGCUCGAGAUCCUUCUAGGUUUCCAAUGCCAACGAGACCCCCGUCAGUGCAUAGCACGGCCUCCAGCACUGACUCCGAGGACUCUACUGAACCGAAUUACGUAGCCAUGAACCCUAAUAUGUCCACAGAUGAAGCAAUCACGAAGCUCGCUCCGCCCAUGAAUGCUGACGGUGGGAGUAGCCCUGUGGUAAAACCAAAGGGAGACAAGCAGGUAGAAUACCUGGACUUGGAUCUCGAUUCCGGCAAGUCUACCCCACCUAGGAAGAUGAAAAGCAACGGAACUGGCAUCACAGCAUCAGACGAGCGUGUCGACUAUGUAGUUGUGGACCAGCAACGAACACAGGCCCUUAAGAGCACCCGGGAGGCCUGGAGCGAUGGCCGCCAAUUGACAGAGACAGACACCCCUUCCAAAGGACCCAAGUGACCCUGUUGUCCCAACAACACAACCCCACCACCCAACCCACUCUAAACUACCAAAACGCCACAGCUUCCACACUAAUGCUGGUUCUGGUUUUCGCUUUGGAACGAUCCAGCUGUCUCGUUCCAACCUAACAAGAUCCCUAGUGUGUAAGAGCCAGUGGAGCGUCAUAGCCACUCAACGUUGUUUAGUUUACACUGCUGUCGGGCUUAAAGGAGCGCUGUGUGUACAGCUGUAGAAAGGGGCGUGGUCCAGGAAUAAGCUGUAUGCAGUUUAAGAGCAUGAGGAAAGACUGGACUUGUUUGCAGGAUUUGACCUGAGCAGACUCACCAACUUUGAACAUUCACUGCCUUCUUUCUGGAUUAGUUAUGUCGUCGUUCACCUUUCAGCGGCCUGUGGGCUGAUCCAGAGUUAACAUUUCCUAAAAAUUGUAAUGCUGUUUGAUGUCGUUUUGAAGUGCAAGUGAGAACACUUUAUAACAUGAUCACAGCUCGGUCAGCGCAACACUAAACGUUAGCAUAGCACGUUAACGGUGUUGUGUUUUUGUUUUAUGUUUUUGUUUUCCUGCUGUUUGAGCAGGGUGAAGUUACCAUGGACACUGUUAGCAGCUCAGGAAACUGACCCCGAACUGUGUCUAAGGCGAACUUCAAACUGGAAAGCCAGUACGACAAAAUUUCAGAGAAGCAUUACUUUAGAUUUUUCUUCCACUUGCGUAGGCACCUGUACUAAAAUUCAAGCUUCGGAUUCACUUGAGGUUUUUAAUCCACUGAACAUGAUUCGAUUUCCAUUUAUUCAGUAAGUGGAGAUGCUUCGAUCUGUUGUAAUGGAAGUGCAAAGACUGUACAAUAGUGUUAUGUAUAUAAACAGGAAAAGUGUCCUUUAUUUGUAUGGAAUAUCCAGCAUGUUUGACUCUAAGGUAUAUGGAUUCUGCAGGGUAGAAUCCCGUACCUGACUCGAUGGUAUCAGCACUUGUGAUAAAUGAAUGAAUUACUGUGAGUUUUUAAAAGAACGUGACAGGUUUUCUCUAAGUUAUGCAAAGGUAUCAAAGCGAGAGAGAGAGAGAAAGAGAGAGAGAAAAAUCAGGUACUCUUUAUGAAUGCAUAUUAAUGCAACUUUCCAUUUCUAAUUUAUUUCUCGAGUUAUUGUAUCAGGUGGAUGUCUUGUCCAUUUUUUCUCCUUUUUUUUUUUUUUAGCUCAGUAUUGAUUGAUAUGGAGGAACAUUUGCUAAAGUCUGCUAAAAUGCUUCGUUUGACAAGCGGUCAAUUAGCUUCACAGGUUCAUUUCUCCUUUCUCUUCCUCAUUUCUCUCUCCACUUAGGUUUAAUUUAUUUUAAAUUGAACUGGCAUACAGUUUUGGGAAAUUGACUGCCUCGUGCAGUCAACUUGAUGCAUAUUUUAGAGACGGAAAGUCUUUGCCUACAUACAUCCCUGCUUUACUUGACUUGACUGUCGGCUCUCCCGCAGAAAUCCCAAGCAUGUGCUACCACGUGAUUUAAAAAACAAAAACAAAAAAACAACUCAUAGCUGUACAUAUUUUGCCAUCAAUUAGAUUUAACAUGUAUCGUUUGAAAGAUGUGCCUACUAAGUCAUCUUCCUCCUACUUCACUCUUUCCUUUAUUGCAGUCUCUUCGUGAAAUGGACUGCAAAGCUGAUAAUGCUUUAUCUUUUUUAAUGAAUCUCAAGAGAAAUGUACAUUUUAAAAGUGGACUAAAUAAAAUCCAGCCUCAAACCCAUCUACAAGUGACCUGCUUGUUUUCUGGAGUUUCUUUUUAUGUUCUUUGCACUUCUUUCUGUAAUUUUUCCAGUCGUAGAAUAAUUAAAGAAAUAAUUUCUUUUACACUUAACCUGGGACCUACAUAUAUUCUCCAGCUAUGCCCUCCAAGUAUGUUUAAUCAUUGGGAUUUCUGAUAAGGAAAUAACACCAAGGCAGUCCUCGGUCAUCUGAAACGGACACAUCUCAAAACUGUCAAAACAUUUUCUAUCCAGUUGUGACAGUUGAAGACUUUUGAACUACUUUAAAACAUAAGUAAAGCUAAUCGUACAUGGCAGCUGUAAAACAUUUGGACUAAUAAAAAUUACAUUCAAAGCAGA